CUCCUGUGCUGCUGCUGCUGCUGCUGUUGCCGAGGAGCUUACCAUUCAUCCCCCUUCAAGGAACCCCAGACAGUUCAGCUCAGCAAAGGCCAGGCACCCUGUGUAGCCCAUAGCACCCUGUCAUGGCACCUUCUUCUACAUAAGGGCACCCUGCUUCACCUGCACAAGGAAAAGCGAAGACUCGUCUGGUUUCCUUAUCACUUGCCAGAGGGGCUCGAGGAGGAGCCUGUGUGCGACUCUGUUAUUUCUGGCCGGUUUGUGGGAAUUGUAAAGAGCAACAACUGAGCGCUGCCGCAGGAAUUCAGGAGUGGGAAGCGGCGGUGCAGGGAAGCCUACAAGUCAAUGAAAGGAUACAGGGGACACCAGGACACUUUACUUGCUCUCAUCUGGGGGGCUGCCAUUUGGGUCUCUUUCUUGGAGCUGAGCUGUGGGAUAUAACAGUUGGAUAUAAAUUAUUUUAUUUCUGCCUGUGUUGUCUGUGCGAUUGUGUCGCGACUCCGACCCCAGGAUGCUUCUCCGGCUUCUCUCCUGCUGCUGCUGGCUCCUCUGCAGCCUCCGCUCCUCCUGGGCAUCAAGGAACGACAAAUGUGGAGAUACAAUAAAGAUCACGAGUCCCAGCUACCUUACCUCUGCUGGGUACCCUCAUUCAUAUCCGCCAUCCCAGAGAUGCGAAUGGUUAAUCCAGGCCCCAGAGCAUUAUCAGCGCAUCAUGAUCAACUUUAACCCUCACUUUGACUUGGAAGACAGGGAGUGCAAAUAUGACUAUGUAGAAGUGAUUGAUGGAGACAACGCCAAUGGUCAAUUAUUAGGAAAAUACUGUGGAAAGAUUGCUCCUUCCCCCCUCGUCUCUACCGGACCUUCUAUCUUCAUCCGCUUUGUCUCUGACUAUGAAACCCCCGGAGCUGGAUUUUCAAUCCGCUAUGAAGUUUUCAAAACAGGUCCAGAAUGUUCCAGAAAUUUUACAUCUUCCAAUGGAGUGAUAAAGUCUCCAAAAUAUCCAGAAAAAUACCCAAAUGCUUUGGAAUGUACAUAUAUCAUCUUCGCACCCAAGAUGCAAGAGAUUGUCCUGGAAUUUGAAAGCUUUGAAUUAGAGGCAGAUUCCAAUGCACCAGGGGGACAGACGUGCAGAUAUGACUGGCUGGGAAUUUGGGAUGGAUUCCCAGGUGUUGGCCCUCACAUUGGCCGUUACUGUGGACAGAAUACUCCUGGACGCGUUCGAUCUUUCACUGGGAUCCUCUCUAUGAUCUUUCACACUGACAGCGCAAUAGCGAAGGAAGGGUUUUUUGCAAACUUCAGUGUUGUACAGAGUAACACCGAUGAAGAUUUUCAGUGCAAAGAACCCCUUGGCAUGGAAUCAGGGGAAAUUCAUUUCGACCAAAUCUCAGUUUCUUCCCAGUACAGCAUGAACUGGUCUGCAGAGAGAUCACGCCUAAAUUAUGUUGAAAAUGGGUGGACCCCAGGAGAGGACACAGUCAAAGAAUGGAUACAGGUAGACCUUGAAAACCUUCGCUUUGUCUCCGGAAUAGGGACCCAGGGAGCCAUCUCCAAAGAAACCAAGAAAAAGUACUUUGUGAAAUCCUACAAGGUUGACAUUAGCUCCAAUGGGGAAGACUGGAUUACCCUAAAAGAUGGAAACAAACAUCUGGUUUUUACAGGGAAUACUGACGCAACUGAUGUAGUCUACCGGCCAUUCUCUAAACCUGUUAUCACUCGCUUUGUUAGACUCCGUCCGGUUACAUGGGAAAAUGGAAUAUCCCUGAGAUUUGAACUCUAUGGCUGUAAAAUUACAGAUUAUCCAUGUUCCAGAAUGCUGGGCAUGGUGUCCGGACUUAUAUCUGACUCUCAGAUAACAGCAUCUAGCCAGGUGGAUCGCAACUGGGUUCCUGAACUUGCUCGUCUUGUAACAAGCCGCUCCGGCUGGGCAUUGCCCCCCUCAAACACUCAUCCCUACACCAAGGAAUGGCUUCAGAUUGACCUUGCAGAAGAAAAAAUCGUGCGUGGGGUCAUCAUCCAAGGAGGAAAGCAUAAGGAAAACAAAGUGUUUAUGAGAAAGUUCAAAAUUGGAUACAGUAAUAAUGGAACCGAGUGGGAAAUGAUCAUGGAUUCCAGCAAGAACAAGCCAAAGACCUUUGAAGGUAAUACAAAUUAUGAUACCCCCGAACUGCGGACUUUUGCGCACAUUACAACGCGCUUUAUUCGCAUCAUUCCUGAAAGAGCAUCCGCAUCAGGACUGGCUUUGCGUCUGGAGCUGUUGGGCUGCGAAGUGGAAACACCUACAUCCAUACCCACUACCCCUGAGGUCAACGGAGGGGACGAAUGUGAGGGUGACCUGGCAAAUUGCCACAGUGGCACAGACGAGGGAUUCAAACUAACAGUUGGCGCCACUGGCCAAAGUACAGAGACCCCAACAGUGGAAGCCAGCCCAGAGGAACCAGACAUGACACACAGUGACCUGGACUGCAAGUUUGGCUGGGGAUCACAGAAGACCGUCUGUAACUGGCAACACGACAUCAGCUCAGACCUAAAGUGGGCAGUGCUCAACAGCAAAACAGGACCGGUGCAGGAUCAUACAGGAGACGGCAAUUUCAUUUACUCUGAAGCGGACGAAAGGCACGAAGGCAGAGCUGCCCGACUGAUGAGCCCGGUGGUCUCCUCUUCUCGAUCUGCUCAUUGCUUGACCUUCUGGUACCACAUGGACGGAUCCCACGUUGGCACCUUGAGUAUCAAGCUCAAGUACGAGAUGGAAGAAGACUUUGACCAGACAUUGUGGACGGUCAGUGGAAAUCAGGGUGAUCAGUGGAAAGAAGCCCGGGUUGUUCUACACAAAACCAUGAAACAGUAUCAGGUUAUAGUGGAGGGAACUGUCGGCAAAGGUAGCGCUGGUGGGAUUGCAGUGGAUGAUAUCAUUAUUGCAAACCACAUUUCACCUUCACAGUGCAGAGCUCCAGAAAUAGAUGAUUCUGCCAAUAAAAUUGGCGAAGAGGAUUCUGAAAUCGAUAAAACCGGAUCCACACCCAAUUACGCUUUAAAUGAGUUCAAUGAGAGCAUCUCCAAGAAGCCAGGCAAUGUGCUGAAGACAUUAGACCCAAUUCUCAUCACCAUAAUAGCAAUGAGCGCUUUGGGAGUACUUUUAGGAGCAAUCUGCGGCGUAGUCCUUUAUUGUGCGUGUUGGCACAACGGGAUGUCGGAGAGAAACUUAUCAGCGUUAGAAAAUUACAAUUUUGAACUUGUGGAUGGCGUCAAGUUAAAAGGACAAAUUAAACACACAGAACUCAUAUUCAGAAGCAUGAAUCUAGAGGAAGAGUAUGGGGGUUUUUUUGCCGACACAUUAAAAAGACUUCAGUCCAUUGGCAUUGAGGGCCAAUGAUCUCUUACUGUUCAGGCUAUAAAGUGCGUUGGAGGAACGUGAAGCCAAGCUUUUCUCAGGAGCUUCAGUGAAUAUACCUGCUAACUACGGACGUAUAUACAAUCUGAAUCAUUGUACAGUUGGCAUUUCUGUUUUCAUUUUGUUCAGAAUAAUCCAAUGCUGGUGUUGAGACCAAUUAUGAUCGAUUUUAUGGUUUGUAAUCUAUGUUGCUUUCUGUUCUGUUCCCCCCUGCUAUGGAUCUGAUAAUACAUUGGCUGGGGUUUUUUUGGACAGAUGUACAAUCUUGUAUAUCUUCACCCACAAUAUUGUUGGACAUGCAGCACGGAGAUUUCUCCAUGUCUUGUGCAUAUAUGUUUGUGCUGUGUAUAAAGCAACAAUGGGUCAGAGAAACCCAGAACUACCACUAUAAUGUCUCAGACUUUUUCUCCUUAUUUGAAUUAUUAAGCAAAGCUCUACUUUAUUGUUGCUUUUGGGUGUUGUUCCGCAAGCAAGUUGCUUAAUCAGUCUAUACAACCCAUGCACCGCCAUCCCAUACAAGUGGCAAUAGAAGGGCCCUGGCUGCUCUUACGGAAAUGUUACUGGCACUGGUUAGUGGAUGUCCUCUCAAGUGCCUUUUUUCUGUUUGUAUUGGGUUUUGACUGUGUGUUUUUCACUGAUCCCAAUAAUGUUUUCUCUUACAAAGCCCAAAUCUGGAACUGUAUUACGGUGGCUGGAAAAAAAAAAUGUACUUUUUAGGAGGGAUGGGCUUGGCCUCUAAGAAGACAUGGUCUAAACCAGUUCUGUCAACGUGGCUGAUGUGUUUAAUUCUGAGCAUAUUGUUUGCCUGUUGGUGAGUUUUAUUGUAAAAAGCUGCAAUAUCCUGUUAAUUUUUUGUUCUUCUCUGUAGAAUGUAUUUAACAAUCGAUACUCGAUCAGAGUAGAAAAGCAUUUGCCAUAGUGAAAAAGGCCAAAUGCCGAUUUCUUGUUGGGAAAAAGACAAAGAAAGCAAAAGGCCUGAAGAAGGGAAAAUUUUAGCACUUUCCCUACAAAGUCUAACUUUGGUUUCUAUUAGGACGUUGGAAGGCGCAGUAUCAUUUUUCCUAUUUUCUAAAAUUUAAAAAAAAA